GUCCUGGGCCCAACGUGCCCCCAGUGUACGGCUUGGAAGUGUCUGAUCUCUUGCGGUGGGAGGAGGACGUGCUGAAACCUGCUCUGGAGAUUGUGGAGAGCUUCAUCCAGGGACGCGAGCCCCCAGCAGAGCCUGUGAGGAUGGAGUGCGAUGUAAACGAGAACAAACGGAGUCAUCGCGUGUGCGAGCUCUGCAACAGGGUCAUCAUCGGGGACAGGGAGUGGGCAGCUCACACACGAUCCAAAUCCCACCUGCACCACCUGAAGAAGAGAAGGAAGCUGGAGGCUGCCAGCCGUGCUGCAGAGACCGAGGGGGACAGCGGGGGCACGGAGACCUCGGGCGAGGACAGCGGCUUGCCUUUGCCGUAG